AUGUGCUUGCUGUCUGUGCCCCGAGGGCCCUUGCGCCACGCGGCAGUGACUGGGGGCACCCAGUGCCAUGACACAUCUGGUGUCUACCUGGCCCGGCACUGGCUGCGGGCCCCAGGGGAGCUGCAGAGACCCAGCUUCGCCACGCCUGGGCUGGCCAAGCCGGUGGCCACAGCUGCCGGCCGUCGCUGCAUGGGCCGGGACCCCAACCGCACCUUCACCAGCGACUUCCUCACACGAGUGGCCAACCUGGAUGACCCAUGCAAGGGGACAAGGGCCCGAGAACUGAACCAGCUGCCGGGGCCCCAGGCCUCAGGCCGGGCCUUCGGCUUUGUCCUUGACCUGCACAGCAGCACGGCCAACACGGGCACCUGCCUCAUCGCAGAAGCUGCCCACAAGGUCUUUGCCAUGCACCUGUGCCACCACCAGCCCACCCCUCCUGUCCCUCCACCCCCACUGCAGAGCCCCAAGGUGCCCUGCCCAGCCCUGUACCAGCUGCCAGGGUGGGGGAGUUAUAGCCUGGACCCCUUGGCCAAGAACGGAAUGGUCCUGGAGCUGGGCCCCCAGCCUCAGGGUGUGCUGCGCAGGAUGAGGACCCCGGUGGCCAAAGUCCUGGACUUCAUCGAGCUCUUCACCCAGGGAGUCUGGCCUCCCCGCUUCUGCGCCUGGCCUGGCGGGGAGGAGAUUGGGAAGAUCGCGCCGCCCACCGGCUACCGCUCUGCCCGUUGCCACACCCUACAGCCCGGUAUAGCCAUCCUCCAGAUGUCCGGUGGUGAGAAUGUGCUCUGUGAGGGGGGGGCCGCCGUGUACCCCAUGUUCAUCAACAAGGCCACCUACUAUGAAAAGGGCAUUGCCUCCAUUCAGGCGGAGAAGCUCACGUUCUCCGUGCCUGCCCUGCCGCGCUGGCCCUCACCCCCGCCCCAGCCCCUGACCCAGGGCGUCCACACAAGCCAGACUGGACACAGCCCGCAGCUUCUGCACCCACCUGAGCCUGACAGGCUGCGGCUCCUGCCUGACAGCGGGGCCAGGGGGCCCAGAGCGUCAUCCUCGGGAGGCGUCUCCCCCCGGCCCCUCUGCACCCUCGCCUGGCCCAUCCAUCUCCCCGCGGCCACAGCUGCCACGCGGCCUCCUGCUAUUGAGCAGCAAGAUGAGAAGGUGUGA